CAAUUGUUGCAUUUUUUAACUUAGGAAAAUAUAAGAACGGAAAGAAAUAGUCUCCCGUGCUUCCCACGCCAUCAAAGCUAGCAAAAUCAAACUGCCGCCUCCCGUCCCCGUAUGUUGGGUAUUGACUAAACCCAAAACCCUCCCAACAAACUCCCCAGAAUUUUCCAUCUCUUUCCCGAGAAAACCAAAAGUGAAGAUCAAUCAAAUGGCCACAAGACUCGCCCUCCAUCUCAGAUCCCGUCUCCUCCACAAUCUCCACUACCAGAAACCCCCAUCUCUCUCAAUCCUCAAAUCCCCACCGUUGAUCUCUCAUCUCUCGCCCCUUCCCACCGCCACCAUCGACCAUUUCUUCACAUCCUCCACACUCCGCUUCCUCUACACUUCCGCCCGCCGCAUCCCAAACCGGCCCAAAAAAGUAGACAUCGGGGCCCGAGCCCGCCAGCUCCAGACACGCCGCCUCUGGACCUACGCCCUAACCUUUAGUUGCAUCGCGGGCUUUGUAGUUUUAGUCCUCAACAAUUUUCAAGAACAAUUAGUGUUUUACGUUACCCCAACCGACGCCCUUGAAAAAUACACUAAAAAUCCUUCGAAAACAAAGUUUAGACUCGGCGGUCUGGUUCUGGAAGGAAGCGUGGUUCAACCGGGUUCUUGUAAAGAAAUGGAGUUUGUCAUUACCGAUUUGAUAACUGAUAUUCUGGUUCGGUACGAAGGUUCGCUUCCGGAUUUGUUUAGAGAGGGACAUUCCGUUGUGGUUGAAGGAUUUGUUAAGCCGUUUACGGAAGAGAUUAAACGGGACGUUUCGUCGAGGAGCGUUUCCUCCAAAGCAAGGAACGGGGACUGUUAUUUUUCUGCGACUGAGGUUCUUGCUAAGCAUGAUGAAAAGUAUAUGCCUCAAGAGGUUGCAGCUGCUAUUGAGAAGAACAAGAAGAAGAUUGAGGAAGGGCUGGAAGGAGCUAAGGAAUCGGUUCAUUGAUUGUUCUUCUCCCUACUUUUUGGGUUUCGAGGUGGGGAUUAAAAGAAGUUUGUGAAUCAUGGAUGCCUGAUAUUGAAUUUUCUGUGAAUGAUGAACAACUAAGAUAACUAGAUCCAGUUUUGUUCAAAAUUCUCUCUCAAACAGUGCUAACAGCAGAAAAGAGACGGGAAUUAUAACUAUACAUUAUCAAGGAAUUGGGAUAUGUGUUAUGAUUUUUCAUUUCAAUGAAUUUCUAGUUAUUAUAAUUGAAGAUAAUGUGAUUAUGAAGAUGAUUUAAGUGUUCUUUUUCCUUUACUAUGAUUAAUGUAUCUACACAUGCUCAUGGCAUUCACAGACGAUUGGCUAAAUUUUCAUUUGAUUGCAAUACAAUUUCUUGUUUCAUUUUAUUUCUGUCUCAUUGGGUAUCAAAGAUAUGGAUAUCCCUCAAGUCAAGAUUCAGAAAAUUAUAGGAAGAGAAUGUCAUGCACAGAGAGUGAUGAUUUUUGUUUUUGAGGCAUGGUUUAAACUUAUCAACAACUCUUUUAGGAAAAGUCUAAGAACUGCUUUGUAUUUUUGCUUGGAACAAAUUAAGAUAUGCAAUGUUUGCAGGAUCUUCUCCAUUUGCAUAUACAAGAAGGAACCUCUCUUUUUUUUUUUUUCUCUUACAUUUGCUAAGGGUUUCAGCAAAUGUAAAAUUACUCGCAAGUGUAACCUAGUUCUAUUCUGCUCCUUCUUUUUUGUGUGUACUAAUGUUGCAAUCCUUCUCCCUCUAAAAGAAGGGGAUUCUAAAUGUAUGUGGAUUGUGGAGGUCUAUGGACUCUGACCAGUUAUGGAUGAGUGAGUGUGGAUUAGUUAUUUGGUUUUUAUGUGGAUAAUAAAUGAUAGACUUGGGGAUUUAUACAGAAGAUCUGUUCCAGACUUGGUCAGGUAGGUUCGGACCGUGGAUAAAUGCUCUCUUUUAUUCCUAAACUUUCUCGUAUGAUAUGAUACGUAAAUCUAAUAUUGUUACUGUAUUUCUAUUACUGAAAUCCUCCCGUUGUUUAUGAUAACAUAUUGGAACUGAGUUCAUGUUGGUGGUGAAUGAUGAUUGUUAUGACUUUUGAUGCUGAAAAUAUCAGAUAUCCAACCUUGGUUUUUAUCCCUGGUUGGGCUGAAUGAGCUGCAUCUUACUUAUACAAUUAAUGAUUGGUUGUGUCACAAUUAAUAAUCCUAAUUCCAGGGACAUCCAUAUUAUUGUGCGGGUAAGAAUGAUGUGAAUGAAAAUCAGAUUAUGACUCAAUAGAUAGUUUCUGGAUUCAAUUACAGCUCAGAUGUUAGUUCCAAGGAUGGGUAGUGUCGGAAGGAGAGAAGAUGCAACAAAGGACAGUGAACAAUAAUCAGAUGCUAGUUCAGUGUCAAUGGCCGUGCAGCUGCAGUGGUUGUGAUUUUGUGGCUCAUAUAGAUCCACGUAACAUAAAGAAAAAAGAAGUUAACGUGACAAUUAUAAUCACGACCAAUUUAUCAAUAAAAACAAAAGAAAAGAAAAUACUACGUUGUAUUGACUUUUCCCUUUCUCAAAAAGCUUCCAAGGACACCGUUGAUAAAUAGCCAAAAGAGAUUAAAGAAGAUUUUGACGUUUAGGCCUAGUUGUAUCAAUUCCAGCCUACUGAGCUCUAUCGGUCAUUUGAGGGGAUAAACCAUUAUUUUUGCAAUCUAUCUUGAUUACACUGAUAAAAUUCGAAUUUAGACAAAGUUCGGUGGCCUCAUAGGCACCAUCGGUGACUCUGUGCCUACACUUAGGGACCUUGGCGGUACUUUUGGCCUAAAGCCGGUGCUCCCUUUCCCCAGAAAGGGAGUAGUUCAUCACCAAAGGCCUUGCGAUGGCAUAAAAGGACCCACCAAAUGAGGAUUGCCGCAGAGGCAUAAAGGGUCAUGAAAGCUGAGUUCACGGCCCAUCUCGUCUAGACAAUACUCGCACAGAGGAUUGCGAGUCCAGCCAUGCACUUAAUUCUCACCAGAGUCGAUACUGUCAUUCGCCAUGCAUUGUCUCCUUUGUUUAGCCAUGGGGGCACUGCUGGAGCGAUCUCGUCUGUUGUGUAGGCUAUCUGAUCGGCAUCCGUGGCUAAACUUAAAUAGCGUGAACUGCGCAGGUUUGACUCAGAAGCAUGCACAAUAGUAUUUGUUAAAUGUCGUGUUUAAACACUCUUUUAAGUCUUAAGUCUUGUAUAUGUAGGGUUGUUAAAAGAAGAAGGUGGGAAUGCAUUGUGGAGUAACAUUCUUGUUGCUUUUUCAUAAAUUCUUAGGAAGGUUCGUAUGAAGAAUGUUUUUCAUUUUUGGUGAUUCAAAUUAGACUUUGUCCUAGUUCAAAAUAGUGAUUUGGGAGAAGGGCUCCUUCUUUAGACCCACAUGUGUUCGCCCUGAAACCGUAGCGAACUUGCUAAGCUUGGGAUCGGUCAAUGCAUGUUAUGCUAGAACAAUGGGAACAUGUGAUAGUUUGAC